CCUUUAACGAUCCCAGUAACCGCUUUAUUGAUUACAUCUACUAUGCCGAAAAGCAGUAGCAAAGACCCCAACAAACCCAAGGGCCCAAAAAACAUCUACAACUUUUUCCUUCAAGAAGAAAGAGAAGCAUUGAAGAAAGCCGGAGGUGAUUCAACGACAGAAGGCGAUGGUCCGGGUUUUCUGGAUUUUUCCAAGGCUUGUGCAGAAAAGUGGAAAACCCUAAGCGAAGGGGAUAAGCAGCGCUUCAAAGAGGCGGCAGAGAAAGACAAGCUGAGGUACGAAAACGAGAUGGCAAACUACACACCGCCAAAAUCCGAGGUUAGUGGAAGGAAGACCCGAAAGGCGAAGAAGAUGAAAGAUCCCAAUCAACCAAAGCCAGCAAUGUAAGUUCGAGCCAGUUUUUUCAUAGUUUCUUAAUUUUAUUUUUGAUAAAAAUCGAAGCCAAGCCAAGCAUUAUGAAAAAUUAAGGAAGCUUGAUAUGUCGCAGUCGAUUAGUUGCUUUUGAAAGGUGGAAAUUUCGAAACUAUAAACGUCGAAGAUUUUCUGCAGAAGCAUUUCUUGGCUUAGAAAUGAUUUCAGCUUGAGUCUAUGCAUGAUGCCAGGGGCGCGGAUCGGAGUGUUUUUUGAAUUUACCAUAAGUUUGUAUGAAAUUUUGCGUCUUAGAAUGGGUAUACUCAGAAGCAUUUGCGAUUAAAUUCUGAAGCUUAGUAUCAUAUAUAAAAGCUGACUCCUUUGUCCUUCAUUCACGGUAAAUAUCUUUCCGUGCAAAUUAAUUUAUUCCAACAAGUCGUGUUUAACAUGGCUUAGCAUUAUAGAACCUUAUUAAUUAAACAACUAGCUUCUAUUGGCAAAUUAAACUUGAACGCCGGGCAUAGAAAAUAAAAACGUAUCAAUAAGACUUCGAUUCUUUACAAUACUGUGAAAAAGCUGUUGAGGACGGGCUUGAAAACUUAGUGAAAAAUAAUCUCAGGCGCGCGGAACUAACCGCGAUUUAGUGUUCGACUCAGGGUCGAAAAUGCCUUUACUAGAAGUUUAUUUCUUUUCCGCUACAGGAAUGCUUUCAUGUACUUUAGCACAGACGUUCGCCCUAAAUUAAAAGAAGAACAUCCUGAAGCCCCAACUAAAGAGCUUUCCAAGAUGCUGGGCGACAAGUGGGGAAAAAUGAGCGACGAAGAGAAACAACCGUACCAACACAGAGCAAAGGAAGAUAAACAGCGAUACGAGGAAGAGAUGAAAGCAUUUAAGAAGGGCGAUUAUGUUGUU